AUGAAUAAAGGACGAGAACGAGGGCUGGAACGAAACAUGUCGUGGUGGGAUAUGGCGACACUCGUUGAGCCGGGUCGAAGCAAGGUUCGCGUCCGGCCCUGUGGCUUUGCUUUGUCGAAAGCGAACCUUGUCGACCGUCAUGUCACCGUUCCAUACAUGAAGCUAAAGCCAGCGCCUAAGCGUGGCAAUGGACGAUUUGUUUCUGUAAUAAAAGCCAUCUCAUCCUCAGAAAUUGCCAGUUUAGGGAAUGUGAAUGUCGCGGUCUCAGUUCGCUCUUUGAGCGAACUUCGCCCGCGACUCACAAGAUGA